AUGGAAACCUCCAGUGUUGAUCACCAAAACGACCUCCUCGUCAUCACUUGCGCGAGCGGAAAGCAAGGUUCUGGCCUUGUCCCAAGGGUGGCCAAAGACUGGCGCCGCCUGCGUCUCGUCUGCCACUCCACCAAGUCGGAGGAGUGGCUCAAGCGAGAAUACCCCCGAGCAGAAGUCAUCCGUACCGAUCUAAGCUUACCGAAAGAGCCUGAGCGCAUCCUCAAAGAUGCAACAGUCAUAUACCACGUGGAACCACCGUUUGCCCAUCGGCAGAAUGUGAUGGGGUUCAACAUGAUUGAUGCCGCAAGAAAGGUAGCCAAAGAGGGCACAUUCAAACAUUUUGUGUACGCAUCCGUUUUGAACCCGCAGUUGCGAAAAAUGAUCCAUCACGACCAAAGGCUCCAAGUGGAAGAAUACCUCAUGGAGUCCGAACUGAACUACACCAUCCUCCAACCCACCCAUUUCAUGUUCCUCUUCCCCGUCGCACCCAUGCUCGCACAAGAGAACCCCGUCUACAAGGCCAACUGGAACGCCAACAUACCCUUCUCCUUCAUCGCACUCAGCGACCUCGGCGAAGUGGGCGCCAAGGUGCUCAACGAGCGCGAAAAACACUACACGGCACAAUACCCGCUCUGCGGCGACGGCCCGCUCAACUACCAGCGAAUCUGCGACAUGGUGAGCCAGGAGAUUGGGAAGAAGAUCGAGUUGAGGCAGUUGACAUAUGAGGAGUCUGUGCAGGCGUUUCUGAUGCGGAUUUUUGGAACGUUGGAUGCCGACGCCGAGUCAAUUGAUGCGGUGGAGCGUAUAUUGUUGUACUAUAAUCGCCAUGGGCUUAUAGGGUCGAGCAAUGUUUGCGAGUGGUUGCUGGGUAGAAAACCGACUAAUUGGCUUGACUGGAUGAGGGCGGAGAUUCAGCAGAUUAAGCAGCAGGCUCACUAG